AUGGCACCUGUGGAUUUAGUUCCAUUUUUUAUGUAUGCGAAUGAUCAUCAGACUACAUCAUCUACCGAUAAUAUAAACGGAGAAAUAAUAGAAUUAGAUAUAUCAGUAAAUAGAGCUUAUAUACCUGUAUGUCGUAUGUAG